AAUAUGUCAAUUUUUACUAUUGGCGAUUAAAAGUUGAGGUUAUGUCGUGAAAAUUUGGAAGUUUGAAAGGGAAAUACCAGUUCCCCAUCAGUUUAAUCAUUAAUUUUUUGGUAAAUUUAUCGAUAAAAUGAAUUUUUCUACCCCGAUCCCACAUUAAAUUUUAUCUUAAACGACUCAAUCACUAAAAUACGAAAUGGGAUUUCACAAAACUUAACCUCACUUUAGGAGGCCAAUUGGUGCUUACGGUCUUCUGCAAGGAUUAACCUAAAAUCCUUAAUCACGAGAUCAAGUUUGUUGCAUUAGCCGGCCGUCGCAAACAUACAAAUUUAUUACAGCAUUUGAAUUAACGUUGAUUCAAUUUAGCUUUUGUCUAGUUUUUGAUUUGUGGAAACGGAGUAAUAUUGUUCUGGGUAGCCCAAUAUGUUACGACAGAUCCUAAGGCAUUCUUGUCGACUUCAGAGACAUUCACUCGCCAGAAUGUCUACAACAGCUACUACGAAACCUAUAGUACCAUCGCAGCACAAUCUAGUCUGGAUCGACCUGGAAAUGACGGGCUUGGAGGUGGAGAAGGAUCGGAUCCUAGAGAUUGCCUGCAUAGUAACUAACAAGAACCUGGAAAUCCUGGAACGGGGUCCUGACAUUGUUAUCCACGAACCGGAAGAGGUGCUGACCGCUAUGAAUGAAUGGUGUCAAAUCAAUCAUGGAAAAACUGGACUGACUCAGGCGGUGAGGGAAUCCAAGAUCAACCUGGAGGAUGCGGAGGAAAUGGUUCUGGACUUCGUCAAAAAGUAUUGCCCGGAAAAGGCUUGCCCACUGGCCGGGAAUACGAUUUAUAUGGACAGAAUGUUCCUGUACCGAUAUAUGCCGAAGUUGAAUGAUUAUUUGCACUAUCGCAUUGUAGACGUUAGUACGAUAAAGGAACUGUGCAAGCGCUGGGAAGGGAAGGUCUUCAGCCAUUGUCCGCCAAAGAAACUGGUGCACCGAGCGUUGGAUGACAUCGAAGAAAGCAUACAGGAAUUGAAAUACUACAAAGAUUACAUGUUUCAAAAAUAGUCAUCACUUACAUUAGCGAAAUAAAUUUGUUUGAGUCUUCAAUUAAAAAUCGCCUCACA